AUGAGACAAAAGAUUUGGAAAAAUUUUAUUUUUUAUAUCAUUUAUAUUAUUGGAUUUUCAAUUCAUUUAUGGAGUCAAGAAAUUUUAAAUAAGGGAGAAACAUAUUUUGUUAAAAAUGGUGAUAGUCUUGAAUUGUUAUGUCAUAUUAAAAAUGUUAUCAAAUUGACAAAUGAUGAAAGUAUUUCUGUUGCAUGGUCACAGGGUCAAGAUACUGGUUUAAUUGCUUCUGAUAUGGAUAUUCAAGAUGAAUCAGGAAGAUAUGAUGUUUCAAUGGAUCAAGAUUAUUAUAAACUUAUAAUUCCAUCAGUUACUAUUGCUGAUGAUAAAAAAACAUUUGUAUGUACAAGUUACUCUGAAGGUGCACCAUAUCAAAUUACUCAUAAUGUUUUUAUUGGUGAACCACCUACUGCUACAAUUAUUGGUAAGGAGGAUAAGACAAUUGCUGAAGGAGAGGAAUUUGUUCUUGAAUGUCAGGUUUCAGGCAUACCACUUCCUAAAGUACAAUGGUUAUAUGAGGAUAAAGAAUUACCAAAAGGUGUAGAAACAAUAGAAAAUAAACUUAUUUUUAAGAAAGCUAAAUAUCAAUUUGCUGGAAAUUAUAAAUGUAUUGCAAAUAAUAAUAUAGGAAAUGCUUCUGUUCAAUCAAAGAUUAAUAUUGUUGAUGCAUCAAAAGCAAUUGAAUUACCAAUUGAGAUGAAGGAACAUGUAAAAAUAUAUGAUAAAUCUGAACAAAUUACUUCUGAAUUUGGAAAAGAAUUAAAUUUAUCAUGUAAAUAUACAGCAUACCCAGAAGCAUCUGUUUUAUGGACUUUUAAUGGUAGACCCCUUGAUGAUAUGGUAAAUGAAAAUAUAACAAAAAUAUUUGCCUAUCAAGAAGAGAAAUAUACAUUUUCUGUUUUAAACAUUAAUACUUUUCAAAUUUCUAAUAUAGGGCAAUAUAAAUGUAAUGUUGUAAAUGGAAAAGGAGGAAAUGAAUCAAAAAUUAUUAAUGUUAUACCUAUUAUACCACAAAUAGAUAUAAAUGUUGGUUGUAAUACUUUAUAUUUUGAGACAACAUUUAAAGGAGAUAUUAAAAAAUUACGUUUAUAUUGGAAAACACCAUUAUCUUCCAAUUUUAGUGUUAUUGAAAUUGAUAAAGAAGAUUUUUCAGUAUUAAAACAACAUUCUAAUGGUAUUUCUGGUGCUGUUGAGUUAUCACAAUAUGGUAUAACUAAAAAUCAUUUAAUUAAUUUUGAAGCUAUUCUUGAAUCAACAGAAUAUGGUGAUUUUAAAUCAUUAAAACAAGUUACAUCAUAUAUUUUUGAUGAAAAAAAUCCUGGAAAAAUAGGAAGUUCUAAAGAAUAUUUGAAAUGUUUUGAUUUAGAUACAGAACCAUCUUCUGGAAAUCGCAAUUAUAUUCUUCUUACAAAAACAUUUAUCAGUGCCUUAUUAUUCAUUGCAUUUGGUAUACUUAUGUAG